AUGUACUAACUGCAUUUAUCUUUUUCAGGAUUUCCAGGUGAAUUUCAAAGAUAUUUUGCAGAUUGUUAAGCUAAAUUUACACCACAAAGAUGUUCUCUUCAAGCAGAUCAGCCCUCGCCUCCGCACGCCAGUGCAGGCAAAUGUCGCACGCAAGCAACAAACUCAGCGGUCAAGUGGCCGUCCUCACCGGCUCUACGGACGGCAUGGGGCUGGCGAUCGCGAAGCGCAUGGGCCAGGAGGGCGCGCGCGUGGUGGUAAGCAGCCGGCGGAGCCACAACGUGGAGCGCGCCGUGCAGGAGAUGCACGAACAGUGCAAUGAUGAUCAUCGUAAGAUUAACAUCUUGCAGGCUGUUUCUAAGUGGGGUACCGUUGACAUCUUCGUGACAAACGCUGGCGUGAAUCCUGCCACAGGCUGGCUGCUCGAUUGUUCGGAGUCAGUGUGGGACAAGCUCUUCGACAUUAAUGUGAAGAGCACGUGGGCGCUCACGAAAACGACGGUUGCCAGCAAAGACCCACUUUUUUUGAAGGAGAUUGAUCAAGGCAAGAUCGAUUAA